AUGUUUUCUCUAGUACUGACAAUAGCUUUAGGUGCUGCAUUAUCCUUUUGUGCAGAUGUUCACACAGACGUUAUAGAAAAAUUGUGUGAAAAUAUUGGAGGUGAUAGAUUUGUGCCCAGUAAGGAUAAUUGUUUGACAUACGUUUAUUGCAAUGGAGAGAGUUCAUAUAUUGGAGAAUGCAUAGAAGGCACUUACUUUGAUGAAAACAAUCAGCAAUGUCUACUUGAUGCCGAUUUCGAAUGUAGUAGUAAAUCCGAUAAGGAUAUAGUUUACUAUACGACUCCAGCCCCAAAUGUAAAUGGAACAUACACAACUGUACAUUCGAUAGAAAGUCCCACAGGUUUGAGUAAUGCACAGCGUCCGACCUGCAAGAGCAACGUAGAUGAAUAUUUCCCACAUCCUCUUCAUUGUGAAUAUUAUUAUAAGUGCAUGGCUGGUUUUUUGACGAUAAUGCGUUGCAGCUUUGAAUAUUCUUGGGAUUUCGAACAAAAUAAAUGCCUUCCUAUUGCAGAUGCUAAAUGUUUAAAUAAAGUCUAA